AUGCUUAAAGCAGUCUCAAUGGCAAUGCCAACUUAUGCCAUGUCUGUGUUCAAGCUGCCAAGAAAGCUUUGUAAGGACAUAAGUGCUCUGAUGGCUAACUACUGGUGGGGAGAAGCAAAUGGGAAAAACAAAUUGCAUUGGCUAUCUUGGAAGAAAAUGUCUAUGAACAGGAAUGCAGGAGGUUUGGGCUUCAAGGACAUUGAAGCUUACAACAGAGCACUGUUGGGUAAGCAGAUAUGGAGAAUCCUCACCAACCCAAACCUUCUCAUUAGUAAAGUGCUGAGAGCAAGAUACUUCCCAAAGGAUUCUUUACUAACUUGCAGGCCACAACAGAAUGCUUCUUGGAUAUGGCAAGGACUGUUAGGAGCUAGAAGUCUAAUCGAGGAAGGGGUGAUCAGAAAAAUUGGUAACGGGAGAAGUACGAGCAUUUAG